AGAAGAAAAGAAAAGGAAAAUGAAAAUUAACAAAGAAUGAACCAACUCUAUUUUUCCCCCAUACCACACUUCUUCUUCGUCUCACAGCGUGCAGCGCCUCUUUCGUCCUCUCCUCUCUGAAAAACCGCCUCCACCGCCGCCACCACCACCACCACCACCACCACCGCCACCCCUCACAUGCUCACCAUUCAUUCACUCCCCUAACUCUACACGACACCGUUUCCGAACCAAACAACGCAACCCUUCCUUCAUCUUCCUCGUUCAGCUUCUGAAGGCACUUCUUCCACUGUGUGCGGUUUCUCUUCUCAAUGGCCACCACACCUGCACCGGUGAAGUCUCAGCAUCUCCACAACUUCUCCCUCCCCUUACUCAAAUGGGGUGCCACUGCCACCCCCAACACCAGCAACACCAACCACCACCACCGCUCUCGUCGCACCCCCGAUCACCCCUCCGAACCCGACUCCGAGCCUGAUUCCCGACCUCACCGGGUCGGAUCCCGAACCGCACGCAACCGAUUCGCCGCCGCCGCUUCCUGCUCCCCCAAGCAGCAGCAAGAGAGACCCAGCAACCACGACGAAACCGAUGAUGAAGCCGGCGGUGAGGAGGCGGUGCAGAAGCCAUGGAACCUGAGACCUCGGAAACCGGCGCUCCCGAAGGCCAGCGCGUUCGAGAUCGGAGCCGGUGCCUCGAGGAACGGCAAUACCAACGGUGGCGAGUCGCAGGAGGCGGGUAACCACCACGGGGAGAAUCCGGCGCCGAAGUCGCUCCGGCUGAGAGGGUUUACGGACACCCAGUGCCCGGAGAAGAAGGAGAAGAGGAAAUUCUGGAUCGCUCUGUCGAAGGAAGAGAUCGAAGAGGACAUCUUCAUCAUGACCGGGUCUAGGCCCGCUCGCAGGCCUAGGAAGAGGCCCAAGAAUGUGCAGAAGCAAAUGGAUAGUGUUUUCCCUGGCUUGUGGUUAGUGGGGGUCACUGCAGAUGCUUACAGGGUAGCAGAUACACCUGCAAAGAGGUAGGGAAGUGGCAAGUGAAUCAUAGCUUGCUUAAGAAACUGGUUAGGAAGCUUUUUGGAUAUGGUAAAUGUGACUUGGGCUGGUAUGGAGGUAUAGACGCGCAGAAUUUUGUAAAGAGCUUGAAGGAAAUGUUGGAUUAUGGAGAACAUAUAUUGCUAGUUCCCUUGCUUUUGUUGUUUCCUAGCUAUAGAUGCAAGGGAUUGCUGCUUUAGUUGUUUUUUUUUUACUUGUUCAAGUGGUCUAUUGAUGUGAGCAAAGAAAUUUAUAUAUGAGUAUAUAUAGGUUAGUUAAUAGAGUCAAAUACAAUGAGUUAAUGAUAAUUUCAGAGCUUCUGUUUGGAA